CUAUACCCACAAACCCUCAUGGCUUCUUCUUCUUCACCAUUUCCCUCUCUUCUUCUCCUUCCUUUCUUCCUCUUCCACCUCUCUUUUCCCUCCGCCUCCGCCGACUACGGCGGCUGGGAGAGCGGCCAUGCCACCUUCUACGGCGGCGGAGACGCCUCUGGUACUAUGGGCGGAGCUUGUGGGUAUGGCAACUUGUACAGCCAAGGGUACGGCACCAACACUGUGGCGCUGAGCACAGCGCUAUUCAACAACGGCCUUAGCUGUGGCGCAUGCUACGAAAUGACUUGCACAAAUGACCCAAAAUGGUGCCUGCCCGGCACCAUCAAGGUCACUGCCACCAACUUCUGCCCCCCCAAUUUCGCCCUCCCCAAUAACAACGGCGGCUGGUGCAACCCUCCCCUCCAGCACUUUGACAUGGCCGAGCCCGCCUUCCUCCAGAUAGCUCAGUACCGCGCUGGAAUUGUUCCCGUCUCCUUCCGAAGAGUGUCGUGCAUGAAGAAAGGGGGAGUGAGGUUCACAAUUAACGGUCAUUCCUACUUUAACCUUGUCCUGAUCACCAACGUGGGCGGUGCGGGGGACGUCCACUCGGUGUCCAUAAAGGGGUCUCGAACGGGAUGGCAAGCGAUGUCACGAAAUUGGGGCCAAAACUGGCAGAGCAACAACUAUUUGAAUGGGCAAGGGCUCUCCUUUCAAGUCACUCUCAGCGAUGGCCGCACUCUCACAGCCAACAAUCUGGUCCCUUCCAAUUGGCAGUUUGGCCAAACCUUCGAAGGCCCCCAAUUCUAAACAUUACAACACACAAACUUUUCCUUUUCAAGUUUUUUUCGAAAAAAAGGAAGAACCUUUAAAUUUCCUGUUUUUUUUUUUUUUGUUCGAGUGUGUGCGGUGUUUUUUUUAUUUAUUAAAGAAGUCUCCGGUGAGUGUCCGGCGGUGGCGGCGGCGGUGAUGGCGGUAGGGAUAGAGAAGGGGGUAUGCUGUAUGAAAUUAUUGCCUUGUAAUGGCACCUCUAUUGCUGUGGUGUUAUAAUCAGGCACCCGCUGGCCUUUUACACUCAUAUAUAUAUAUAUAUAUAAAAUAUAUAUAUAUAUGAUAUAUAAUGAUAUUAUUAUAUAAAUAAUAUUAUUUUAUCGUCUU